AUGGCGACUGCUGCCCAUUGCUACUAUUGCUUCGAGUGCCUGGCUGCAUCGUAUGAGGGUAAUGACUCUAUCAGCCUUGCCGCUGUGGAAGAGCUAUGGGAAAGACACGAACAGUUCAAGAAACUUUCCGAGCUUCAAGACGGCGAAGCGUUACCUUCAAGUGAGAACGACAUCCCUGGGCAGCAGCCUGUAAACGAUAUUGAAGAACCAGGUCAGGGAGUGCAGAGCAUCUCACGCCCUCAGACCAUUAAGCUCCCGAGUAUCGACCGCCUUCAGACCCAGGCAGCUGAUUCUAGUGUAUCUACAACACCAUCAACGAUGUCUAACAAGUCAUCAAGCUCCGUCUUCUCGAGUGCUACCACAUCCAGCUCGAUGUCUUCGCAGUCAGAUACUCCAAGCGCACCACAGAGGCUAGGCGAGCAGAAAUACCCCCUGUUCGUCACAUGGAACACACUAUCGAAGAGCGGCCGUAAAUCCUUGCGUGGGUGUAUCGGUACAUUUGAGCCGCAAGUACUUCCUCGUGGCCUGAAGCACUACGCCUUCGAAUCUGCCUUUGAAGACACCCGGUUUUCUCCAAUCCCAGAAUCACUUCUCCCCUCCCUCUCCUGUUCUUUAACUCUCCUAGGGACUUUCGAACCAUGCACAAACGCCCUAGACUGGACGCUCGGCGUCCACGGAAUCCGCAUCUCAUUCAUUCAUCGCGGCCGCCGCUUCGGUGCAACGUAUCUCCCCGACGUUCCGGUCGAACAAGGCUGGACGAAAGAAGAAACCGUGAAGAGCUUAAUGCACAAAGCUGGGUGGGACGCUCCGUACGAAAGCUCCACGAGGAGAUUCCUCAGGGGUAGCAGCAGCACAAGCCAGAACCCGACGUCUUCGAAGCCAUGGGACCAGGUCUCAGACUUCCGCACCGUCAAGUAUCAAGGCCUCAAGUCGUCUGCAGACUACGAGCACUGGCAAGAAUGGCGUAAAUGGGUGCUGUCUUUGGAUGAUGGGAGUGAGAAUUUGUUGACUUGA